AUGUCCGUCGCCCGAUCUGAGCUCAAGUUUCGCGCUCCUCCGUCAAUGCAAUUGAGUGACGGCUCAACCAAGUCCAAAAUAUCUCCCCCAGAUCAUGGUUCUUCCAUCAACACAUCUCUGGAUCGAGCACGAGCUCGGUUCUCGGUCACAGGCAAUGCCAUUGUGACUGGGGGCGCUGGCGAUAUCGGGUCUGUCGCCUGUCGAGCUCUGCUUGAACACGGAUUGCAAGGACUGGCUAUCUUUGACCUACAUCCUGAUGCUGGGCAGAUUACAGUUACCAGUCUUCAAAAUGACUUUCCUGAGGCGAAGAUCACAUUUACCAAGGUUGAUGUGACAGAUCCUGAGUCCGUUGAAGCCGCUGUCGCCAACGCCGAGCAAACCAUUGGUCCCGUUAACAUCUGCCUCUGCUUUGCAGGCAUUGCCUUUGCUGCGCAUGCUUUGGACAUCACUCCCCAGCAAUUUAAGACCAUGUUUGACGUCAAUACCACGGGCUCGUUUCUGGUAGCUCAAGCUGUUGCAAAGCGUAUCGCAGGCGCAGGAAUCGGUGGCUCAAUCAUCCUGAUGGCAAGCAUAUCUGCCCAUAUAGUCAACUUUCCUCAGCCUCAAGUCCACUAUAACGCGGCCAAGGCGGCCGUCAUCUCUAUGAAAAGUUCACUUGCCGCAGAGUGGGCGGUACACGGUAUCCGUGUUAAUAGUAUCAGUCCCGGUUACAUGGACACUAUUCUAAAUGAGGGAGACGGUUUGGCUGAGCAUAGAGCUAUUUGGGCAAAAAGAACUCCCUUUGGUCGCAUGGGAAAUCCGGAGGAGCUCACGGGUGCUGUUAUCUUGCUGGCAAGCAAGGCAGGUAGUUACAUCACGGGUGCAGACAUCCUUGUAGAUGGCGGGAUCAGUGUCUUCUAG